AAUAAUAAUAAUUCAAUUCCAGGUUUCCAGCUUUACAUCUCACUCUCCCUAGCUCCCGUCCCCUCUCUCUUCUCUCUCUUAGGGUUUUCAGGAGCCGCCACUUUUGCUCUGUUCGAUCUCAAAUCGUGGUGUCUCCUUGCAUUCCACUCUCAAGCUUUCAGAAAUAGUAUGGCAAUGGAAGUCACUCAGUUUCUUUUGAAUGCACAAUCAAUCGAUUCAACAAUUCGGAAACAUGCAGAAGAAACUCUCAAACAAUUUCAGGAGCAAAACCUUCCUGGUUUCCUCUUGUCGCUCUCUGGGGAGCUUUCCAAUGAGGGAAAGCCAGUUGAUAGCCGCAAGUUAGCAGGUUUGAUACUUAAAAAUGCCUUGGAUGCCAAGGAACAACAUAGGAAAUAUGAGCUUGUGCAAAGGUGGUUAUCACUAGAUGCGGGUGUGAAGACCCAGAUUAAGAAAUGUUUGCUACAGACACUUUCUUCUCCUGUUCUUGAUGCUCAUUCUACUGCUUCACAAGUGAUUGCAAAGGUUGCUGGUAUUGAGUUGCCACAAAAGCAAUGGCCUGAGCUGAUAGGAGAACUGUUGUCAAAUGUUCAUCAGGUACCAGCUCAUGUCAAGCAAGCUACUCUGGAAACCUUGGGGUAUUUAUGUGAGGAAGUAUCACCUGAUGUUGUGGACCAGGAUCAAGUAAAUAAAAUACUUACGGCUGUAGUUCAGGGAAUGAAUGCAAAUGAAGUGAAUAAUGAUGUUAGGCUCGCUGCUACCAGGGCAUUGUACAAUGCUCUUGGCUUUGCUCAAGCAAAUUUUAACAAUGAUAUGGAGCGGGAUUAUAUUAUGAGAGUUGUUUGUGAGGCUACUCUUUCACCAGAAGUGAAAAUUCGACAGGCUGCUUUUGAAUGUUUGGUGUCUAUUUCAUCAACAUACUAUGAGAAGUUAGCUCCAUACGUGCAGGAUAUUUUUAAUAUUACAGCCAAGGCUGUAAGGGAGGAUGAGGAGCCUGUUGCUCUUCAAGCCAUUGAGUUUUGGAGUUCAAUAUGUGAUGAGGAAAUUGAUAUUCUAGAAGAGUUUGGUAGUGAUUGCACUGCAGACUCUGAUGUUCCAUGUUUUUUUUUCAUCAAGCAAGCUCUUCCGAUCCUUGUUCCUAUGCUAUUAGAGACACUUCUUAAGCAAGAGGAAGAUCAAGAUCAAGAUGAAGGUGCUUGGAAUCUUGCAAUGGCUGGAGGAACUUGCCUUGGAUUGGUUGCUCGUACAGUGGCAGAUGAUAUCGUCCAAUUGGUAAUGCCAUUCAUUGAAGAGAAUAUUUCAAAACCUGAUUGGAGGCAAAGAGAGGCUGCAACCUAUGCUUUUGGUUCCAUUUUGGAAGGUCCUUCGCCCGAUAAAUUAACACCUAUUGUUAAUGUUGCUCUAAAUUUCAUGCUUGCUGCUUUGACAAAUGAUCCCAAUAGUCAUGUAAAGGAUACAACGGCAUGGACCUUGGGAAGAAUAUUUGAAUUUCUUCAUGGAUCAACAAUUGAGACACCUAUUAUUAACCAAACAAACUGUCAGCAGAUUAUUACCGUACUUCUUCAGAGCAUGAAGGAUGCGCCAAAUGUUGCCGAGAAAGCUUGCGGUGCUCUAUAUUUUCUUGCCCAGGGUUAUGAGGAUGUGGGCUCGUUGUCUCCAUUGACUCCUUACUUCCAAGAAAUUGUCCAGUCUCUUCUUACAGUUACUCAUCGUGAAGAUGCAGGUGAAUCACACUUGAGGACUGCUGCAUAUGAGACACUGAAUGAAGUGGUCAGGUGUUCAACUGAGGAAACAGCUUCUAUCGUUUUGCAACUAGUUCCAGUCAUGAUGUUGGAGCUCCAUAAGACUCUUGAGGCACAGAAGCUAUCUUCCGAUGAGAAAGAGAAGCAGGGUGAGUUGCACGGUCUUCUUUGUGGGUGCUUACAGGUCAUUAUUCAGAAACUAGGAGGACAUGAGCCAACAAAAUAUGUAUUCAUGCAGUACGCAGAUCAGAUUAUGAAUCUUUUUCUCAGAGUUUUUGCAUGUAGAAGUGCUACAGUGCAUGAGGAAGCUAUGCUUGCCAUUGGAGCCCUUGCUUAUGCAGCAGGCUCUGAUUUUGCCAAGUACAUGCCAGAGUUCUUCAAGUACCUAGAAAUGGGUCUUACGAAUUUUGAGGAGUACCAAGUCUGUGCUGUCACAGUAGGUGUUGUGGGUGACAUAUGCAGGGCUUUGGAGGACAAGGUUUUGCCUUAUUGUGAUGGUAUAAUGACCCAGCUUCUCAAAGACUUAUCAAGCAACCAGCUCCACCGUUCUGUGAAACCUCCAAUCUUUUCUUGCUUUGGAGACAUUGCUUUGGCAAUAGGAGAGAAUUUUGAGAAGUACUUACUGUAUGCUAUGCCUAUGCUACAGAGUGCUGCUGAGUUGUCUGCCCACACAACGGGUGCUGAUGAAGAGAUGAUAGAGUAUACCAAUCUUCUGAGAAAUGGUAUCUUGGAGGCAUACUCUGGGAUUUUUCAGGGAUUUAAGCAUUCUCCUAAGACCCAGCUACUGAUCCCUUAUGCACCCCACAUUUUGCAGUUCCUGGAUAGCAUUUACAUGGGAAAGGACAUGGAUGAAGUUGUGAUGAAAACAGCUAUUGGAGUCCUUGGUGACCUAGCAGAUACACUGGGCAGCAAUGCUGCUGCUUUGAUUCAACAAUCUCUAUCAAGCAGAGACUUUUUGAAUGAAUGUUUGUCCUCCUCAGAUCAUUUGAUCAAGGAAUCUGCUGAAUGGGCCAAGUUGGCCAUCAGUCGUGCCAUUUCUGUUUGAGGCUUUGUCCACUUGGUACAUAAUUUUUUUUCCUUUUAGAAGUCCCUGCAUGCAUAUGGUUGUGUCAGAGUCAAACAUUGCAUUCAUGUGUCGAGUCAUUGCCAUUUCCCGACAACGGCUAGCAAGUAGCAUUCCAGUUGUCACUAACAAAACCACCAGCAUCAUGCGUCGGAUUCUUUAUUUGCCCACAAGGGAUUGGGGUGAAUGUGGCUUCUCAGAAAUGGUCGAAGGCCUUCCAUGAGAACUCGUGAUCAAUUCCUUCAAAAUUGGUUGGCGUGGAAGGUUGCACUAACAUGUUCAAAAGUUUGGGCUGCUGUAUGCUGGUGUUUUUGUUUUCAACCGUAAAUGUGGUCAUCAUUGCAGAAGCACCCCAUACCAUUCUGAUGCUGCUGUUUUAUCCAGGGGUUUAAGGUUGGAAGUAUAAUUCCCAAGUUUUGGUGCUCUGGCACUUUAAGCCCAACUUUUCUUAAAUAUCCUCCAUACAUUUUUUUUUUUUUGUCGGUCUACCCUUGUAUUUGUCAUAGUCAAUUGCAUCCUGGUUUUCAGGUCGGAUUGUACACCAUUUCAUCCGUGUCAAUUUACCUACUCUUUAGUUAGGGCAUUUGUUAUAAUGUUAUGCAUCAUCAUUUAUAUAUAUCUUUUCUCUAUUUACAGCCA